AUGCCUGGAGGCGAUUCAGCAGCAACAGAAAAUAUACCGGCUGGGGACUUUGACCUGCUGCUCUUCCGCCGGCGGCGCUUCCGUACAGCAAAAGCUUGUUAUCCAUGCCGUCGACGAAAGGUCAAGUGUGACCUAAACCAGCCAUGCGGGACGUGCAUCAGUCGGGGGCAUCCCGAUUUGUGUGACUACACGACCAAUACCUUUGCUGGAGCGGAGUCUUCUACCUCCGAACAGAGCCCGAGUGUUCGAGAGCAGCCUGAAGAUGCUCAUGGGAACCCUCCAGCUGCAGAAAUAGCUCAGGGGUUGUUUGUCGACUUGGCAUUGCCAUUUAGCACCAAGGUGCAUCUCGGUUCAGAGUCCCUCCCUGGCAUCUUCUCGAUGUCUGGGAGAACAGGAAAACAGCCAUCAACGACUCCAUUAAAGCUUUCGACGGAUCCAAGGUUGAUCUUUGAGCUUCUGUGUCUUCAGGACUCUAGCACCACGUUUCCUUUUACCAACUUGUGGAUGCCCGGUGAUGGCAUAGAAAAAGUGUACAGUGCACUGCCCGAAGACGAUAAAUUCAAGCUAACAGCUACGAGCCAUUUUCGAUUAUAUCAAGAAUCUCUCUUCCAUCUCGAGCCUUCGAUCGUAAACCUAAGACAUUUCGAAACUGCACUCCUAGAAUUUCUGCGUAAGCGAAGGGCUGUCACGCCAAAUUCGUACCUGGAGCCUCUGUCAGAAAGCACGAGCUCGUGGUUCGGCCUCUUAUUUGGCAUAUUGUCAUGCGGUGCCCAACUUGCUGUAGUCGAGGGGGUCGAGGGGGAGCUGGAUACCACGAAAGCGUGGGUUUUUGCAUGCUGCUCUUUCCAGUGCUUACGAUUUUGCAACUUUACUUCAUACCCUAAUAUCGAGGUUGUCCAAGCCCUAAUAAUGCUGGUCAAUUAUUUGAGAAACCAGGGAGAUGCAGGGGCUUCGUGGUCGAUGUUGGGCUUAGCCAUACGUCUUGCCCAAACUCUUGGGCUUCACUGCACGCCAGAUCCCAACUCCAUCAGCAAUCCGAGGAAAAGGGAAGAGGCUAUUAUAAGAUCAUCCAUAUGGCGAUCCUUAAUUUGGCAGGAUACUCUCGCCUCCCUCUCCUACGAUCGGCCGUCUGGAAUCGUUGUUUUAGAAUCUAUUCCAUCGAACACUGCCUCACCUCGAUUCUAUUCAUUUUUCGAUAGUUGCCAUCAUCUAUUUGUGACGGCAAACAAGAUUGGCCAUGCCCUAAACCAAGCAAAAUUCGCAGGAGAACGACUAUCCCACGAGACGGUACUCGAUUUCAGAAAGCUUGUUAACAUCAUCGAGACCCGAUCGGUGCCCCAUUUACAAGACCCAUCCAAGUGUCAGUCCAAGAAUGACUACAUUCAGCAUUACAUAUUCAGACUCUUCACCGACUCGGUCAUGGUGUGCCUGUAUAGGCCAGCCAUGACAGGUGACGAAUCUCAAGAUGACGACAUCACGGAUUAUUACCUGAAUCGAUGCCGUUCGACGCUACAAACAUACAUGGAACUUAUGAAUCUGAACGCUCCGUUCCAGAGGCUCUGGUUCUUUGUUCACAUCACAUUCAGCAGCGCCCUAAUCUUGGGCCAAGCUGCUUACGCGCGCAAUGUUCAUUCCGAUAAGACAUUUUUGAAGCGUUUUUUUAACAGCCUCUCGCAAAAUCGAGCUUUUGUCAGCGUUCCGGUGUACGAAAAUGCCUGGAGAUUGCUACACGAGUUCUUGAUGUCAAACGAUAACAAUAUGGAGGACUAG